CUUAUAAAGAGCACAGGAACAGUCUAGCUCAGUUUGGUAACUUUUUGUCUCAUCAGGUUGUCUGCGUCUCCAGAAUGAUGAAACUCAGUGUUUUCCUUCUGCUGCUCCUCCUGGAGACAUGUGCAGUUUCCACCUAUGAAAAUGUUGCCUUGCGUGGAAAAGCGACCCAAUCAGACCGUUACGAGCAUGCAUUUGGAGCUGCCUAUAGUGCCAUUGAUGGAAACCGUGAAUCCAACUUUGGGGCUGGAUCGUGCUCCCACACUGAUGAAGAGAGCAACGCCUGGUGGAGAGUGGACCUGCUGGAGAGCUACAUUGUCACCUCCAUCAUCAUCACCAACAGAGGAGACUGCUGUGAAUACAGGAUCAACGGAGCAGAGAUUCACAUCGGCAACUCUUUAGAAGACAAUGGUGCCAAAAACCCAGUUGUUGCUACUAUUUCUAGACUCAGCCGUGGAGGUCAGUUCACUCAGGCUUUCACUGACCGUGUGGAGGGACGCUACGUGACCGUGCGGCUCCCGAGUUCACAGUACCUCACACUCUGUGAAGUGGAGGUCUACGGGUACCGCGCCCCAACAGGAGAGAACCUGGCCCUGCAAGGAAAAGCCUCACAGUCGUCACUCUAUCAGUUUGGCACUGCAUAUAACGCCAUCGAUGGAAAUCCAAACAGCAACUGGGAGGACGGCUCCUGCUCUCACACAAAGAAUAACGUCAACCCCUGGUGGCGACUGGAUCUGGGCAAAACACACAAAGUGUAUUCCGUAAAGAUAACCAAUCGAGAUGAAGACGCAGAACGUCUCAAUGGAGCAGAGAUCCGCAUUGGAGAUUCUCUUGCAAACUUUGGCAACAACAACACCAGGUGUGCUGUGAUCUCAAGUAUCCCAGCAGGUGGUGUCGGUGAGUUCGAGUGUAAUGGGAUGGACGGGCGAUACGUCAACGUCGUCAUCCCAGGACGAGAAGAGUUCCUGAGUCUGUGUGAGGUGGAGGUUUAUGGCUCUCGACUGGAUUAGAUCAAGUUCACAAUGCAAAACAAUGAGCAAAGAUCACUUUCUUGUAAACAAAUGCCUUUUGGGUUUCUUCUUUGUUUCAAUGACAUCACUUUGUGCAUUAAGUUUGUCCAUAUUUGAACUUUUUGGUGUACUUUCACCACAUCUUGUAGGACAAAAACUGCAUGUCAUAAAUAUUGAAAUGCAAUUUAAUCAAUAAAACAUUGACUCCUA